AAUGGGAUUACAUCUCAGCUGACUGCGCCUGGUACUCCCCAACAGAAUGGCGUAGCAGAGAGAAGGAAUAGGACUUUGCUAGAAAUGGUGAGAUCGAUGAUGAGCUAUGCUUCAUUAGCUACCUCGUUUUGGGGAUAUGCCUUGGAAACGGCGGCGUACCUUCUUAACUUUGUACCUUCUAAAUCAAUUCUGAAUAGUCCAAUAGAAUUGUGGUCCGGGCGCAAGCCCAGUUUCAACCACAUUCGGAUUUGGGGCUGCCCAGCACAUGUGUUGGAUAAGGAAGCUGAUAAGUUGGCACCUAGAACAGAAGUACAGUUGUUUGUAGGUUACCCAAAGGGAAAAAGAGGUGGUUACUUUUUUAGUCCUAAAGAUCAAAGGGUAGUGGUUAGCACCAAUGCCCGAUUUUUAGAGGAAGACUAUAUGAGUGAGAAUAAGUCCAAGGGUGAGAUUAUUCUAAAUGAGUUGGCGGAAGACAAUAGCAUACCGAGUGUGCAAGUGGAUAUACCACAAGAGACUACACAACGUGUUCACUCUAAUGUAUUUACACCUAAAUUGCCUCGUCGUAGUGAGAGGGUUGUUCGUCAUCCCGAUCAUUUCAUGUUUGUGGGAGAGUCCUCCGACUUCAUUCCAAGUGACGAGCAUGAUAGUGACCCCUGGACCUACAAUGAGGAAAUCCAAGACGUAGAUGCAGAAUCUUGGCAGAAAUCUAUGGAUUCUGAGAUUGAAUCUAUUGAUGUUAUGGAUGUAUACGACCUUAGGGACCUUCCUGAAGGCAAGAAAGCCAUUCGCGUAUUUUCGACUUAUCAAAUAUCCCCACGCUUAAAACGAUGCUUGUCCUCAAGCAUCAAGUCAAAUCCAUUAUCUCAACUCAUAAUCAUCAUCUAUCAUUCAAUGCCAAAUCAAAACAUAAAGCAAGCAUCAGCACACAAGUCAAACUUGAGUCCCCAUCAACCAACUAACGAGAAAUAUACCCAACAACCACGUAACUUAAACACAUGGAAAUCAACACUUCUCACGAGAUUCACUGUUUCACUCAAAGUGUAUAGGCUAAAUGUGAAGUGGUAUUCAAGGCUAGUUGCUUCACGAUAUCUUCAAGAGAAGUGCCAGAAUCAGUGCUCAGGGACUGCUCGGGUGGUGCUUGUCUACGAAAUAAUUGAGGGGGACGUUGCUGGAAACUCCCACCAUGGUUCGGGCCAGGCUGCUGGUAAAACAAGUUCCCGUACCUCAAGUUUGGGUGAUCGCGCUGUAAUAUCCCGACUUUUUAUCAGUAUAAAUUAUGUUUUUAGUUCCGAUAUUAUUUUCGGAAAUAAUUAUUUUCAGUUGUUUCAGUCGAAAUUACCGGAAACUAUUUUCGAC